UCCGUCGUGUACAAGGUUUACGGAGAAUCUUCUGUCAAGAAUCUUUAUUUUGUGUCAAAUCCGUCCACAAAAUAUGUUCAAAAUCGCGUAGAUGCGUUACAUCAUGAAUUAAAUUAGUUCCUCGAAUUGCCUAGUAGUUCUUAAUCAGUGUUAUUGUGAAUUUUUAGUGUGCAAAAAAAGAAAUAAUCGGAUAUAAUUAUUACACUGCUUAAAAGAAUCGAAGCGUUUCAACAAAUAUUGAUGAAUGAGAUACCCUUAUGAAUUACACAUAAUACAUAUAUAUCUGCCUUCUGUCUAGGCGAACAAGGGUUGCCAGUCAUGGAAAAGCCCUGGCGAGGCUCUUCGUCGGGAUAUCGCUGGACCCUCGCUUUAAGUUGAACGAAAACAAGACAAAACAAUAACCAUCGAGAGAAAUAUGGCGGCGACGGCCCGCAGGCGGGACCCCGACGACGACAUUGCGGCCAUCGCCAAGCAGAUCUCGGACCAGGCGGAGGCCAUCUACCAGAAUUGGAAGUCUAGGGGUCUGGCCCCUGCGGACCUUAUCAGCUGCCAUGCCGCCGGCGACACCAGCAAGUUGGGGUCGAUGUUGAAGCCGCAGCCGCCGGCGAAGCCGUCGAUCGACCUGUUGGCACAGGCGCCCACCAUGGACAAUAACCGGCUGGAGAAGCUCGUCAAAAACUUCGUGGACGAGGACAAGGCGCGGAUAGCGGCGGCGAGGAACAAGGCGAUGCCGUCCAGCAUUCAGUACGCCCUGCAGAAGUUCGAGAAGGGCGGUUCCACCACGCAGACGGACGGCAGCGGCGCCGCCAUGGGGGUCUACGCGAGGAAAACCGCCACGCUGCCCGCCAAGAAGACGAACAGCUACGGACAAGUCAACAAUUUCCCGGCGUCGCCGUCGUUGCAGCCCCAGCCGGUAAAACCCACCAUAGGCCAGAAGCCCCAAAUCUCCCCCAAGCCCCGCAUGGACACGAUAGAGAUGACCCUGCCACCGGACAUCACCACGACGGGUCUUCAAACGUGGCCGCUCAAAAACCGCGUCAUAUCCACGGACGCCGUGAAAAAAUCCACGGGGGAGGUGCGGGACAACCACCACUACGCACCUCCAUCCCCCAAAACCUCCUCCGUCACCAUCGACCAGGUGGCCCUGGAGGAGAAACGGCUCAUCAACGCGCUCAAGAACGGUGACAUAGUCAACGAGGAACCGCCUAUAGUUUUAGCAUCGAAACAGAUAAUGAAGGAGCAGAUAAUAAAGGAACCGGCGCUCAAAGAGACGGAGAAACCGGAAGUGUCGACGAAGUGGGGGCUGAGGAGCACCCCCAGGAGGCCGGAGCAGCAGGUACCCCAUCCGGAGUUGACGACGAGCCAAAGACAGCACCUGAGGCACGCGGCGUCGAACCCAGUGAGGCCUUUCCUGACGCGGGGAUCGGUGGCGGAGAGGGUGUUGAUUUUCGAGAGGUGUCCCAGCGACUUGCUACUGGAUAAAAGGGUGAGGGCGCCGAUACCGCAAGUCAGUAAACCUCAGCCUCUACCCAAACAGCCGUCCCUGCAGCACACGACGCUGCAGAGGCACGUGAGAGCGCACAGGAACGUCAACAUACCCAGGUUUCACUAUCCGUCGGGCAAACCGGGGCCUCCUAGUCAGAUGGACGUCAUCAGAGCAAAGAUUGGAUCCGCAUUCUCCAAGAUUGGCGAGAGAGCUUCCAGGGAGCAUUUUGGGGCUAUCACUCAAGCGUGUCAGCUGCCGCUGUACUGGAAAACUCCUUUGUAUUUGGCAGCGUGUGCGGACAAGGGUAGUUGUACGAUGGAACAGUUCAUGAAUUUUUGGCAAAGUAUGGUUCAGCAGUGUCACGACGCUGCGUCCCGUUUCGUUUACAUAUUGACCAGGGGUCGUCGCACCUGGCUGGCUCCAGAAGACUUCAUUCCUCUAGUCCAGGACGUAGUAGAGACGCACCCCGGCUUAACUUUCUUGAAGGAAGCCACAGAAUUUCACUCGCGCUACGUUCAUACGGUCAUAGCGCGGAUUUACUACUGCGUCAACAGAUCAUGGUCAGGAAAAAUUUCCAUACCAGAACUCAGGCGAUCAAAUCUUCUCAGCAUUAUCCAAUUACUCGAAGAAGAAGAAGAUAUUAACCAAAUUACUCAGUAUUUUAGUUACGAACAUUUUUACGUUAUUUAUUGUAAGUUCUGGGAAUUGGACAGGGAUCACGAUUUGUUCAUAGAUAAACAAGACUUAACGAGACACAACGACCACGCUUUAUCCUCGCGUAUUAUAGACCGCAUAUUCAGCGGUUGCGUGACCCGAGGACAUAAAAAACAGCAUGAGGAGAAGAUGUCCUAUACUGAUUUUGUGUGGUUCCUUCUCAGUGAGGAGGACAAGCUGCAUCCCACCGCCAUCGAGUACUGGUUCCGUUGUAUGGAUCUGGACGGUGACGGUUAUCUGUCCAUGUACGAACUGGAAUAUUUCUACGAUGAACAGAUGCACAGGAUGGAAGCGAUAGGAAUUGAAACGUUGCCUUUCCAAGAUUGCCUAUGCCAAAUGUUAGAUAUGGUGAAACCAAAAAUUCCAGGGAAAAUAGCACUAAGCGAUUUAAAGAAAUGUAAAAUGACCCCGAUUUUCUUUGACACGUUCUUUAACCUAGAAAAGUACCUGGACCACGAACAAAGAGAUCCGUUUGCCUCACAAAGAGACCACGAUAUUGAUGGACAAGAGAUGUCAGAUUGGGACAGAUACGCAGCAGAAGAAUACGAAUUAUUAGUAGCGGAAGAAGGAGGAAACGACCAACAAGACAGCCUCUCAUUCGAUGAAGGAAACGAGGAGGAUCUUUUAUCGCAGCACCUCGACGGUGCUUUGGACGAAGACGGCCAAGAAGAAUUGUCAGAGGAUAGUGACGAGUGUAGUAUUUAGCAUAAGUAAAAAAAAAUGUUUGAUAUAACAUCACAUUUUCUAGUCGUAAUGACGUUCAAGUAUUUCCACACGAAUGGAUAUUGAUAGAAAUGAUAGAUAUUUUUUUUAUCUAGUGUUAAUAAAUAUAUAUUUGUUUUUAUUUAUGAGGCACCAUGUUAAUUCUAAAGAAAUGCAGGUUAGAUUUAAAAUUGAUAGACUUAAGGAAUUGUACCCUAGCACAAAUAUCUAGUGUGAUCUUUAUAUUUGAUGAAAAGUAUUUUGUAUGUAAUUGAACAAUUGUUGUCUAGUAUUAGCGAUAGGUAAUGUUUGUUAUGUAUUCUUAUAGCCAUUAUUAGAGGAAAAUGAAUAUCUCAUCCUUUUCUCGACGUGCUGAAUUUUAUAAUCAUAUUUAAGACUAAUUAUUGAAUCUCGGUUACAUGGUACUCUUAGAGUAACUGAUUUCUAUUAUUAACAAAUAAUCAUUAGAUAUUUAUUUGCAAAUGUUUUGUAUGUAAUUGAUAGCUGACUGCAACCUAGCUUUAGUACGCAAACAUGAUAUUGAAUCGUUUUUAUUCGGUGACUUUUUUUUCACUACAUUAAGCAGCUAAUUAAUUGUUGGAAUUGUAUAGUAUAGUUUAUUUAACAACCAUAACUUUAUAGUAUGAAAUCACUAGUCAUUUUUAUUAUAUUCAUACUUAUUUAUCAGUUGUAAAAGUUGUUUAUUAUGUAGAUGACGUAAUAUAUUGGUUUUCUCUUA